ACUCAAAACAACGUAUUUGAAAAGCAAAGCAUAUCUCUAUUAACUGUUAUGCAUUGCCAACAACAGUCUUCCUUGGAUACCCAUAUCAAGAAUCUUUAAUUUCCUAUAAAUUAAAAAAAAAAAUUAAAAAUUGAAAUAAACCCACGAGCCAAAAUAGCCAACAUUCAUCACCAUGACGAGCAAAUCUCUCUCUCCCUGUGCGUACACAUCACAACCCUAAUUUAGGUAAUGUGUGUUGAGCAAACAGUUCGGUGAACCAAUCACAGCCCUCCACGCAGAAAUCAGAAAAUCAUUUCAUUGUGGAAAAAAGAAGCGGUGGUUUGGGUCUACUUGCUUCAUAAUUCAAUUACUGUGGGGGAGUUUUCUCUGAAAUUGUUCUAGUGAGAGAAAGAGAUAGAGAGAGAGAGAGAUGGGUCUGCUGACAAACAGAGUGAAGAGGAGUGAGAUCAAGCCUGGAGAUCAUAUCUAUACUUACAGAGCAGUCUUUGCUUACUCCCAUCAUGGCAUCUUUGUUGGGGGUAGCAAAGUGGUUCAUUUCACCCGACUCGAAACCAACACCUCUUCCUCGUCCAACAACGAAGCGGACAGUCUCACCGAAGAAUGUCUAAAGUACCCCGACUGUGGUUUCCGACAGCCAAACAGCGGGGUCGUUUUAUCGUGUCUCGACUGCUUCCUUAAAAACGGUGCCCUUUACUCUUUCGAGUACAAUGUCACUCCAUCUCUUUUCCUCGCCAAAGUACGAGGUGGCACAUGCACAACUGCCGCCUCGGACCCACCCGAAACAGUCAUUCAUCGAGCAAUGCACCUAUUUCAAAACGGAUUUGGUAACUACGACGUUUUUCAGAACAACUGUGAGGAUUUCGCACUGUACUGCAAAACGGGGCUUCUCACGGUCGAUAGGCUCGGUGUGGGAAGAAGCGGGCAGGCUUCGUCUGUGAUCGGUGCACCUCUGGCGGCACUUCUUUCUUCCCCACUGAAAUUGCUAAUGCCAAGUCCCGUUGGUUUGGCUACUGUGACAGCAGGUAUGUACUGUGUGAGUAGAUAUGCAACUGAUAUUGGUGUCCGAAGUGAUGUUAUUAAGGUCGCUGUGGAGGAUCUUGCUGUCAAUCUUGGUUGGGGUAAUAACGAAGCCGAAAAUGUGAGUACUAAUCGGCAACCAGGUGAUCUAAUCUCAUUGGAUUAGAUUUAUAUAUAUGUGAAGUUUUAAUAUUUGAGAAAAUUCAUAGUAAGUCUUGUUUAUGGUGUUAGAUGCGAUAGAAACUCGUGUUUGUUGUUGAUUUCGUUACAAGUGAUUUACGAGUUGGGAUUUGAGUUGUUUUCUUGGUUUA